AUGCAUCUCACGCUUGGUCUUAUUGAUCCUUUCAAAAAGAACCCGAAUGGAGCCACUGUGAUCAAUGCUUCGUCUAUCCUCGGAUUCGUCCCAUUUUCGGUGAUCAAUCCGGUGUAUAACGGAACGAAAGCAUGGCUUCACUUCUGGUCGAUGAACCUUCGCUCACAAAUUUCCCGUGGAGGUUACGAGAAGGUGAAGGUUGUUGAAGUUGCACCUCCUUCUGUGGCUACAAAUCUGCAUCGAGAGCGAGAUGAUCCAGACGACAACAAACAGCACAAGAAUCCGAAUGUUCUCUCCGUGGAAGAGUUAAUGGAGAUAUUCAUUUCUAGCCUUGAGCGUGGAGAUAGCAUGAUCGUUCCUGGAAUGAGCCGAGAUAUCGUGGCAAGUAGUAUGCUGAUUUUGGAUCAUCAUAUGAAACUUUGUCCGGGGGUCGCUGAAUAA